CGCUCUCCCUCCCUCUCGGACUCGCUCUUCUCUUCUUCUCUUCACCAUCGAGCUAUCUUCAGAGUACUGAGUGGAAGGCCAAUUUCUGCAGCGAAUCUUUUUGGAACAGCGACAAGUUUUAGAAACCUUGAAAAUUCGAGAUUUAUUACAGUAUAGACCUAUGAAGAUAGGUUAUAAUGCUAUUACAAAACCAAGCUUUUUGCUUGUACAUCCAGAGUUACCUGCACUUAUAUCUUGUAAACCUUUAAAAAUUUGUAACCCAGUUCUUGGAAUCCCUCGUAGCCAUGAGAAGUUUAUUGGGUUUGUUACAAAGUCUCAGUACUCUACUUUUGAGAGAACUUCAAAGAUGGACACCGUUCGUGUAGGUCGAAAAGGGAGAGGUUCCUCUUCAUCCCUCUAUAGUCGUCCUAGUUUGUUGGAGAUGAGAAACGAGAGGAUUGAAAACCGUGACCGAGUUUAUGAGUUCCUGCGCAGUAUAGGUAUUGUCCCUGAUGAGCUUGAUGGCUUAGAACUGCCUGUGACAGUUGAAGUCAUGAGGGAGCGUGUAGAUUUUCUCCACAAUUUGGGGCUCACAAUCGAGGACAUUAACAACUAUCCGCUUGUUCUAGGCUGCAGUGUGAAGAAGAACAUGAUUCCUGUGUUGGAUUAUCUUGGUAAAUUGGGUGUGAGGAAGUCGACUUUCACGGAUUUCUUGCGUAGAUACCCACAAGUGCUUCAUGCUAGUGUUGUAGUCGAUCUUGCUCCAGUGGUUAAGUAUCUUCAAGGGAUGGACAUUAAGCCCAAUGACAUUCCUCGUGUUCUCGAAAGAUAUCCAGAAGUUUUGGGGUUCAAGCUUGAGGGGACCAUGAGUACUUCAGUGGCUUAUUUGGUUGGAAUUGGGGUGGCAAGAAGGGAGAUUGGAGGGGUUUUAACUAGAUACCCCAAGAUUUUAGGGAUGCGAGUGGGACGUGUGAUAAAGCCCUUUGUUGAAUACCUUGAAACCUUGGGUAUUCCUAGGUUAGCUGUGGCUAGAUUAAUAGAGAGACGGCCUCAAAUACUCGGGUUUGGGUUGGAGGAGAGGGUGAAGCCAAAUGUCGAGUCACUUUUGGAGUUUCAUGUUGAAGAAGCAUCACUUGCAUCGGCAGUCGCACAAUAUCCUGAGAUUUUAGGGCUUGACCUCAAGUCUAAGCUUCAUAGUCAACAAAGUUUGCUCAAGUCCGUAAUUGAUUUGGACCCAGAGGAAUUUGGCGGAGUUGUUGAGAAGAUGCCACAGGUUGUUAGCCUCAGUAAGACACCUUUGAUAAAGCAUGUGGAUUUCCUGAAGAAUUGUGGAUUUUCCUUGCAACAGUUGCGGAAAAUGAUCGUGGGGUGUCCUCAGUUGCUUGCCUUGAAUCUUGACAUCAUGAGACUUGGCUUCGAUUUCUUUCAGACGGAGAUGGGAAGGCCUUUGGAUGACUUGGUUGAUUUUGCAGCGUUCUUUACUUAUGGCCUGGAAUCUACCAUAAAACCAAGACAUAAGAUGGUUACAAAAAGAGGGUUGAAAUGCUCUCUUGCAUGGAUGCUUAAUUGCUCCGAUGAAAAGUUUAAGCAACGGAUGGAUUAUGACACUAUUGACCUGGAGGAGAUGGAUCCCGAGCCUUCAUUCGACAUGAACACGCUGAUGGAACCGAGAAGCGACGAGUCAGGUUCUGACUAUGACAGCGAUGAUGAUUAUGUAUAGAAUGAUUAGGAGUCAGCUCCUCACAAUUUUAUUUACUGCGUGAACUCAAUGUUGUAGAAGUAGGCAAUUUUACUCUUGAAGUCCUUGCAGUGAUAUUUUUAUUUAGAAUUACUUAUAAGGAAUCA